AGAAAGAACAGUGCUCUACAGACGUCCAGUGCGGAGGGUUCGAAUCAUCUAAAACGUGCCAGGGACGAGCGAAGUACACAUUUCAGCGGCCAAUUCUUCCAGCACUUGACACAGAAUAGACAGCCUCUAGAAGAUGAAGGGGCAGAGGUCAGCCCACCUGUUGCUGCUCUCCUGCAUGGCUCUCACGGCUGCGGCUCACGCUGGCGACGACGGGGAGGGACCAGUCGUACACACGAAGGCUGGCUGUGUGAGGGGAUUCCGCCAGGAGCUGAAUGGCAAAGUUGUUAAUUCCUUUACCGGCAUUCGGUAUGGCAAGGCCCCAGUCGGAGCACUCCGUUUCCGGGAGCCGCAUCCCGCGGAGCCGUGGACCGACGUUGCGGAUGCCACCCGACCGGCUCCAGUGUGCAUCCAAGUCAAUAUCCAGCAAAGUGGUCUGUCGAGGGAGCAGGACAGCCGCGCCCAGACCGAAGACUGUUUAUUCCUGAACGUCUGGAGCCCAGCAAGGAACAACAGUGCUUCGGACCUGGCAGUUAUGGUGUGGAUCCAUGGUGGUGCAUUACAUUCCGGCUCCUCCUCUUCGAGCAUCUAUGACGGUGCAUUCCUGGCCGCGUACGGCGAUGUCGUAGUCGUUUCGAUGAACUACAGGCUGGGAUCCUUGGGCUUUUUGUACCAAGACAGCCUUUUUGCCCCUGGAAAUCAGGGUCAUCUCGAUCAGUCGCUUGCGUUGCAUUGGGUGUGGGACAACAUAGCCGCUUUCGGAGGAGAUCGAGAGAGUGUUACCCUUUUCGGUGAAAGCGCAGGGUCAAUGUCCGUAGAGUUCCACCUCCUUUCUCCAGUCUCAAGAGCGCUCUUUAAAAGGGCUAUUAUGCAAAGCGGAGCUUUGUGUAGCCAUGCGUGGAGGGCCAGUGACCCCAGGCUACGCAUGAAAGUUCAUAGGAUGGCCAUGUACUUGAAUUGCACCAAUUUGUCUGCGCCCCACUUCGGUCUCCAAGAGAAUGUGAUUGAGUGCUUGCGACAGGCAGACCCCGUGCGUAUCAGAGUUGCAGAAGGGUUGGUUUGUCCCGGUAAGUUCUGCUUCCGGACAGUCUCUGGGGUGCCCUCCCUGCAACAUGAGCCCUGUAGUACAGAGUGUCAAGGAAACAAAGACAUAUUGAUUGGUCACGUAAUUAACGAAGGUGCAAUGUUUGCUACUAAUUCCUUCCCGGCUGUGUUCCAGUCCGGCUCGCCCAAGAAUUUAACGAAAAUUGAGACACUCCUUUUGCUAGCGCCAUUGCUAUCCCCGUUGAGUCCCGAACUUUUAAACGAGCUUCAUAAUCUUUAUACACACGGCCUCGAAGACACCGACUAUGAGGAGCUGAGACGAGCGGUCCAGGACGCUUGGGGCGACAAGGUCAUAACCUGUCCAUCCAGAGAAACUUCAGCGAGGUUGGCCAGUAAUACAAAUAACUCAAUCUUCUAUUACAUAUUAAAUCACACUUCUUCGAGUUCACCCCAGAGACCCUGGUACGGGAUGACACACGUCGACGACGUUCUGUACGUCUUCCGAAGGCCAGUUGUUGAGAAAGCAUCUUCCGAGGACCAGACUUACAGCAAGAAAUUGAUGGGAUUGUGGACUUCAUUUGCCAAGCAUGGAAAAACACAUCUCGUGGAGGCGUAUCAAUGGCCCCAGCUUGUACCUGGUAACCUUGCUGCCAUGAAGAUCACGAACAGACCACCAGAGCAGACAGUGCUCAACUUGGGAGAACGUUGCCGUUUCUGGAGUCGGUUGUUUCUGCAUUACAACCAGUCUGCUCUCUCGUAACAUUCCAAAUACGUCGGACUGUUGAAAAAAAAAGAAAAGAAAAAAAAUGCAGAUUUGUGUGAGAAUAAAAUAUAUUUUUGAAAGGCUUGCGGCAAACUAUGAAGACAA